ACGAGUUCAAACGAGCUGACGGCUUGCGGAUUGAACGCGAUUUCCUCGCUGGGUUGAUUUUAACUGAGACCUUGGGCUGAAACUGAACUAGAGGCAAUGAUGCUUGCGCGGGUUUUUGCAAACGAACUCGGACAUCGAGUAUUAAGAGAAAGCACGCGGACUGUCGGGCUCGGUGUAACGGGGCGCCAGGACAGGCAAGCUUCUACAGAGGUGGUAAUGAAGAAGACCCAGUUGCAUGACUUCCACAAGUCUCAGGGUGGUAAGAUGGUGGAGUUUGCGGGAUGGAGCAUGCCAGUGCAGUACAAAGACAGCCACAUUACCUCCCACAUGCACACACGUGAGCACUGCUCCAUCUUUGAUGUCAGUCAUAUGCUGCAGACUAAAGUCUAUGGAAAAGACAGAGUGAAGUUCAUGGAGUCUCUGAUCAUUGGAGAUGUUGCUGAAUUAAAAGACAACCAGGGCACUCUCUCCCUCUUUACAAACGCUAAGGGAGGGAUCAUGGAUGAUCUUAUUGUGACCAGGACAGAUCAGGGGUACCUUUAUGUUGUCUCCAAUGCUGGCUGUGCAGACAAAGACUCUGCUCAUAUGCUGGCCAGAAUGCACGAGUUUAAAUCAGCAGGUCAUGAUGUCGAUCUGGAGUUUAUGGAAGAAAAUGUCUUGAUUGCAGUGCAGGGUCCAUCAAUGGCUCGGGUUCUGCAGAAAGGUGUGUGUGAUGACCUUACUAAGUUGACCUUUAUGACCAGUGUUUUGACCCCAGUCUUUGGCAUCAAGGGCUGCAGGGUCACACGCUGUGGAUAUACAGGGGAGGAUGGAGUUGAGAUAUCAGUACCAGGUGCAGAUGUUGUUUCACUGACUGAAAAGCUGUUAGCUGACAGUGAAGUAAAACUCGCUGGUCUUGGUGCCAGGGACAGUCUAAGGCUGGAGGCGGGGCUUUGUCUCUAUGGCAAUGACAUUGACGAGACCACCACACCUGUGGAAGCAACUCUUGUCUGGACAAUAGGUAAGCGCCGUCGGCAGGCACGAGAUUUCCCUGGUGCUGACAUCAUUGUUCCACAAAUAAAGACAAAGACUCAGAGAAAGAGAGUGGGACUUAUUUCUACGGGACCGCCUGUCAGACAACACACGCCCAUACUCUCCUCUGAUGGAAAGGUUAUAGGUGAGGUCACCAGUGGAUGCCCCUCCCCCUGCCUGAAACAAAACAUUGCCAUGGGCUACGUGGAAGCUGGCUUCAGUAAAGUAGGUACACCAAUCCAGGUGGAAGUGAGGAAAAAAGCAAUACCAGCUGUGGUCUGCAAGAUGCCAUUUGUGCCUACCAAGUACUACACCGGGCAGUAGCGUUACAGACUAUAAACUGAUUACACUAUCUGUGUUUGUGGGAUGGCCAGUCACCUGCCUGCUGAUAGUAUUUAGGGGUAAAUGUCAAUAGGCUUGUUCGACUUGAUGCGGCGCCGAAGAUCCGACAGGCGGAUGACAUCAAAGUACCGCGAUUCGAAAAACGAUCUCACGGUACUUUGAUGUCAUCCGCCUGUCGGAUCUUGCGGCGCUGCAUCAAGUCGCACAAGCCUAUUGCCUCUGAAUACCAAACCAAAAUGACAGAUUAUGUAAAAAGUGACAUCAACAUUCCAUAAAAUUGCACAUUUUAAGCAGUUACAUGUGUAACUGAAAGAAAAAUAUAUUCCAGAACUGUUUUACACUCUGUAAAACUUCCAUAACAUUAUUGUAAAAUAAUAAAUAUAGGCCGAUAUAAUUGAACUGAGAUUUGACCAUUUGCUGUUUGGGUGUGUGAGUUAGAUUUGUAUUGUGUUUGCACAUUAACAUAAAGCACUUGCACAUGUUUAUUUGUGUGGGUGUGGGAAGGUGACAUCUGUUUUAACUACUACUGAAAAGUUUCUUUCAAUAAUUCUAGACGUGUCGUUUGCCACAUUAAUUGAAUUCAUUGUGUGUCCUGUUUUAUGUAUGGCAAUAAGACCAUUAACAGAAUUAAUCUGAAUGAGAUGAAUUGUAUUUUAUAAUUUAAAAAGUGACCCCUUUAUCAGUUUAUGAUGUUUAAAUAUUAACUGUCAUCAUGUUUAACUUAUCACGUGAAGUCUUUUUGUAAGAAAGAACAUUUUAAUUUGAUUUCUUUUGCAUAAUUAAACUUUUUUAUAUCCUUUUAUAAAUCUUUACCUGAUUGUUAG